AUGGAGGCAAUGGCUCUAUCCAGGCUGCAGUGGAUUGCUGACAUCCGUGGCGCAUUUCCGCCCGAGCAGUGUGGAUUCCGCGCCCAUCGCUCCACGGCCGACUGCCUUGCCGCCGUCGUGGGCACCCUGGAACAGGCGAGUCGCGACGGCCACGCCGCCUACUUGCUGCUGCUGCACGUACAGAGCGCUUUCUACUCCCUGCCCCAUGCAACCAUCAUCUCGGCUGUACGCGCCCUUGGUGUGCAGGGCGGACUCCUCGCCUACAUACGAGCUUUCCUCAGCGACAGGACAUCUGCUGUCCGUGUCGGCCAGGCCAUCAGCUCCCACCGUCCUGUGACGUGCGGCGUGCCACAGGGGAGUGUCCUCAGCCCAUUUCUCUUCAACCUCGCACUUGCGCCCAUCAGCGAGUGCGUCCGCAACACUGGGCACCUUCUUGUGCGCGCUGUGGUCUACGCAGACGACGUGGCUCUCUUCGUCCGUGGCCCCCCGUCGGCCAUGGCGGAGAUGCGUCUGCACCUUCAGGCUGCCGUUGAUGCGGUCGGCAAAUUCCUCCGUGCCAUUGGCCUCUGCCUGUCGGCGACCAAGUCAGAAGAGCUCAUGGUCCACCCCCGCGCCACCACCCGCCUCCACACUGGCCGCGUCAUCAUAGACGGUGUCUGCCUUCCUUGGCGACCCAUCGUGCGCUACCUGGGGCUCACCAUCGACCACCGCCUCACCUGGUCCCCGGCUGUGAAACGACUCCGUGCUAUCAUGCGCCGUGUCGAGGCCGCAGUCCGUGCUCUCCUUCGCGAGGCGAUGGCUGCCCCCUCUCCUUCGCAUCGGGUAUUUACAUUGCGGUCGCGCUCUCCUGUGUCCUGUACGCGCUGCCGCUGUGUAGCCUGCGACCAAGCCAGUGGCGACACAACGGCGUCGACCAUCGACGAGUCCUUCCCGAUCUCCGCGCUCUCGGCCACAUCGAGCGCCUCUCUCGUGCCCCGGGUGCCGGCCCCAUCCUGUCCUGCCUCCGCGAACUCCCUAAGUCUCGAGUGGGGAAACUGCUCGAGCUUUAUGACAGCAUUGUGGUCGACGCCCCUGCCACCCCUGCAGCCGCCAAACAAGCGUGUGCCGUUGCGCGUUUGCCUCUACCUGCCGGGCGUCCGCUCCAAGCGCCGCACACCUCACUGCGCCGUCGUGCAGGAGGCUGCUGCACGUAUCCAGGAUGACCUGGUGGGGAGGGCUCAUCUCUACACAGACGGCUCUGUUCGUCAGGACGGUUCUGCCGCCGCCGCCGCCGCCGCCUGUGUAGUUCCACAACUUGACGUCGCCAGACAGUGCCGCCUCUCCUAUCGCGCCUCCUCCACCACAGCUGAGCUUGCGGGGCAUCAUCUGGCAGCAGACAUUAUUGAAGAGAUGUCAUUCCUAAACAGAGUGGCCAUUCUUUUCCAAUCUAGGGCCGCUCUUCACCAGCUUCUCCUCGACGAGCGCGCGCCACCCCUGGACCAACGAGUAGCCUGCAGACUCCACACACUGCAACAACAGGGAUGCGACCGCCGCCUCCAGUGGAUACCUUCCCAUGUCGUGGCCUGCACUUCCUGCGGUGAGCCGGAGACAACUGAGCACCUCCUGCUAGCCUGCCCGGCAUACCUCCAGCAGCGGGGCCCACUCCUGCAGGAGCUCCGCCGCCUGGACCUCCCCUAUGGCAAAGAGGAAGAUCUCCUCUUCCCCAGCCAACAUCACCUCUCAGCACUUCGAGGCGUUGUGGAGUACCUUGACUCGUCAGAGCUCUCCGCGCGCCUCUAA